AUGAUUGAUAAUCAACAACAGAUUGAUUCAUUGAACAAUGAAAUCCAAGUGUUGCAAAAGAGAUUGGAAAGUAAAUCAAAAGCAUUCUCGAUAUUGAUCAAUGAACUAGACGCGUUAAAAUAUGAACGAAAUCAGUUUAAAUCGCUUGCUGAUAGUCUACAAGAAAAAUGCGUUCAAUUGAAAAAGCAAGCAACGAAAAAAAAUGAACCUCUUAGUGCGAGGUAUUCGUCUCAAACUCUUUACGAACAUCCAAAUGAUACAGAUCCUAAUUCAUUGAAAGACAAGGAGUCGACAGUUCAUCUACUGAAAACAGCUCUAAAAACUGUUCAAGAUGAAAAAGAAGUAUUACAAGCCAAAGUCGAUGAACUUACUCACGAACUUGAUGAUGUCAAAGGCGACCUAUCGAUUUUUCGUCAAAAACGUUAUCGCACUUGGAACGAUGAUCAUCAAGGAGAGAAUGAAAGUCAAACUGAUUUACUGGAAUGUUUGGAACAAGCGAAUGAACGAAUUCUUCAUCUCGAGAAUGACAUCAAAUCACUCGUUUGCCAAAAGGAUGAACUUGAAAUCGAACGUGAUUCAUUCAAAGAUAAGUCGACUAAACUGAAUAAAAUGUUGACGAAGAGCGAAAAUUCAUUUGUUGAUGUUGAACUUGUUUUGUCUGAAAAUCGGUAUCUCAAGGAAAAAUUGAAUGAAGUCACUCGAGAGAAAGAUCUCGCUAUCUCUAAUGCUCUGAAGUAUAAAGAAUUACUUCAAACUCAUCAAUCAGAACGAUUACAAUCAUCAUCCGGCGGAAGUGUGUUAACUUAUAAACAAGUGCGAAGUUUGAUUAAUCAAAGUUAUAUGCUCCCGAAUACACCUGAGAAUGAGAAUGAUUUGCGUGCCAUUGCUGAAGCGCUGUUCGAAAAUCUCAAAGAUAAAAAUGUCACCAUUGUUCAUCAGAGAAAGAUCAACAAAAUUUUGGCUAAUCGGGUAGCCGAACUAGAAAAACGCCUUGUUCAAUGUAAAGUUACUUCAAGUUCUGGACAAACCGGUUCACUUAUUGAUCUACUUGAUCGAACGCCGAGUCCAGACGAUAACAUGUCUCAAUUUGUCAAUAAUACUGAUAAUUCUCAACAAUUGUCUUCCAAUCAAGUCUUUAGUUUUCCAUCAUCUUUAUUAACUGAUGCAUCUUCGAAGCUUCAAACUUUAAAACACGCCACAACAUCCACGAAGAGUACAUUCGAAUAUCAUCAAUCAACGGAAACGAAAAAUCGAUCCGAAGGUGCUGAUCUCGAUAUGGAUGAUCCAUUACAAUCUCCUCCAUUGACUUCAUCACUCGCUUUUCUGAAAGAUAGAGAUCUGAUUCCAUCGUCCACGUCAGAUUUUGAUUUUCAUCAUUCCAAUACAGAUGACACCGAGGAUCUUCUGAAAAAAUCUCGACAAUCUUCGAAUUCUACAACUAUAACCAAUCUGGCUUGUUGA